GUAUGGUACCUAUCCGGCGCCAAGACAACCCCCAAUUUGGCCCCACAUAAUGUGUAUGUAGGACUUUGAACCUUCCAAACGACAAACUGUAUAACAUCAUAGCCUCAAACCCUAUCUAGAGACUUACAUUUCCAUUUAUCUUCACUACUUAUAGCUAUAUACUAAUAGCAUCGAGAGGGGAGACAGACACAAGAUGCGCAUACCAACACUCACCAGCGUCCUCUUAGGCGCCCUCUCCGCAUGCUCGCUUACCUCCGCCGAAACAACAUCGUUCAGCGGCUCAACCAGCGUCGUCGUAGACGGAAAGACAUACCACGCCAAGUACAAAGGCAAAGGGCUUAGUACAGAUCAAGCAUCAGACGCCAUCCUCGCCUCACCAACAGACUCUCUAACACUAUGGAUUCCAUCCUCACAACAUCUUUCCAACCCACACGUCCUGCCACCGACUACGCACGCAACACUCUCCUCCCUCGGCGUCUCGCAGACCGCGCCGUUAACUGCGGCCGGAACAUUCGUUUUCCAGAAUCUAACGAUCGGAUCGUACCUCGUCGAUAUCCAUUGUCGAACGCAUGCCUUCGCGCCGCUGCGCGUGGAUGUUGCGCAGCGAAGCACGAGCGCUACUAAUACUGAUGGAACGAAAGAGCAUAACGAGACACCGGUAUUCUUUGUGUGGGAGACGUACCGCGGAAAUGACUGGGGAAAUAAGGGCCAGAAGGUGCAAAAGAAUGGGGACGGAUAUUUCGCGCUGCGGGCUUUGGGCCCGAAGGAAUAUUAUACUGAGAGGGGAUCUUUCUCCGUCUUCGGCAUUCUUAAGAACCCCAUGAUCCUCAUGGGUCUCGUCAGCAUGGUACUCUUCCUCGGCGUGCCGAAGCUAGUUGAGAACAUGGACCCCGAAAUGCGAGCCGAGUGGGAAGAACAGCAAAAGAACAACCCAAUGAACUCGAUAAUGGGCGGUCAACAAUCCAGCGCCAACCCCAUGGGCAACUUCGACAUGGCCGCUUACCUUGCGGGGCAGAAGAAAGAUGAAAGCGAGGCAUCUGCUGCUGGUAGUAACAACAGCGGUAGCAAAAAGGCAGGAAAGAGAUAGAGUGUUAUGAGAUAUUGAAUUAUGGCAAGCUUGUACGAACAUUUAUAUAGAGGGAAUAGAACGGCUAGAGGACGGUGUCAAUCCUAUCAACUCGAAUAUAGACACAUGCGCAUGGAGAUAAGUGAUUCGUAAAACGAAGCUGCAUUGCAGGACCUAUGUACCUAACCGACCCAACCCAGCCAGACCCUUCCACUUCA